CACGCGCCGAUGUGUGCUAUGAAUAUCGUUAUUUGUGCCGUCACGUGACUUAUCCGUGAUAUAAAAGCGCGCGCCCCGUCCCACACCCUCUGUCGUCAUGGAAGAAGAUCCUGGGAGAGGGCAUUAUGCAAAGAAACUUACUGAAAAAGAGAUAAAGAAACUUGAGCAUGAGCAGCAGUUGAGUGACUACCAAAGAACCAAAUUUGAGAGGGAGGCAAAGAAAAGCUGGGACCUCUUUUACAAGCGCAACACCACCCACUUUUUCAAGGACAGACACUGGAUAACUAGGGAGUUUCCUGAGCUGCUUCAGGCCAUAUCUGAGGUGGACGACAGCCACCCUGUGUUACUGGAGGUGGGGUGUGGUGUGGGCAACGCCCUCUUUCCACUCCUGGAAGAAAAUGAUGCACUCUUUGUCCACGCCUGUGAUUUCUCACCUCGUGCCAUUGAAUUUGUAAAGUCUCAUCCAGGUUAUACUGAGGCGAGAUGCAGUGCGUUUGUGUGUGACAUAACAGAGGAGCCACUGUCCAGCAGACUCAGAGAAAACUCGGUGGACAUUGCUCUCAUGAUAUUCGUCCUCUCUGCCAUCUCUCCCAAUAACAUGAUCCCCGCCUUGAAGAAUAUUUUUCAGGUGCUGAAGCCAGGAGGAUCCGUGCUGUUUCGUGACUAUGGACUGUACGACCACGCCAUGCUGAGGUUUGGCCGAGGACACAAGAUCUCAGAGAACUUCUACGUGAGACAGGACGGGACUAGAGCCUACUACUUCUCAGAAGAGAAGCUGGCUGAAGUUUGUAAGAGUGCGGGGUUCCAAGUUGCAGAAAACAGAUACAUACAGAGAGAGACAGUCAACCAUAAAGACUCGAUUAGUGUGGAGAGGAUCUUCGUCCAAGGCAGAUUUGUAAAACCCAACAGUGAAUGUACACCAAAACCAUUGUCCGAUUGUACCAGCCCACCCACAAUCAUAACACGUUGUCUCUCAUUGUACCGUACAACUCAUAAUCAAACCAUUAUUCACACAAGAAUUGUUGCUCUUACAAAAAUGAAGCAGUAUUAUAGAGCAAAGAUGGUAUUCUACUGUCCUCUGUCAAUAAAGCUAGAGAGAUGUGAGUCAUCGUCUUCAGUAUGCCUUCCCCGCGAUGAAGACUGCCGGCCACCGUAACUCUUAUCCUCUUCGUACCUUCCCCCUUCACCUCCCCCCUGAAAGCUAUACCCUCCUCCUCCUCCUCCUCCCCGAUGGCUUGCAUCUCUCCUAUACCCAGAGUCUUGGGAGUAGCUGCCAUCUUGCGAACCGCUGAAAUCAUCACUUGUUCUCUCUCUUCGCUCGUCCUCCCGGGACCUCAUCCGGAGGUGGGCUUUCGACGGAGGGAUGAGACGGUCGGGGAGGGAAUCGGGGAUGUCGUUCCCGGCAAUCUUGUGGUCGAUGAGAAACAUUGCGACGGCGAAUUCGUCCCUGUCCAGCAUGCCGUCCUGGUCGAUGUCCGACAGGUUCCACACUCUCCGGAGGACCGAGUUGGGUAGCUUGGAGCGCAUCAUCUCUGCUCUAGCCAGUUGACCUGCGAUUUUCCCCUCCGGGUUAGGGCUGAGUUUGGCAAAGAUGGAGUCAUAGUGGGCCUGGUCCGGUGCCACUAUCCACCCUUCGUCGUACGCAGAAAACGUCGACUCCUUUGACAGAUCCCUUCGCUCGGAAAAUGGGUCGGUGUCCGUGAACCCAAACGCCCCUCCCUUUAUCCGGUGGUCCUUGCUCACGGAUUCCUCUUUCGGGAGCAUCUUCAUGAUCCGGGAGAUGUCCACGGCAAGCAUCUUAUCCACUAUGUCGAUCAGGCUCUGGUUCAGCUUCGGGAAACGGGUGAAAUCGUAGUCGGGCAGCAUCUCCUGCAUGUGCUUCACGGAGGGGAAAUCCCCCACGGGUACCUGGCGCACCUUGUGAAUCGAGUUGAAAACGUUGGCGAGGUUUACGAUUAGCUCUUCCUUCUUGGAGCUCUUCCCGAAGAGGGACGGCAUCUCCGCCCGCAGCGUGGAGAUGACGUAAGCGUGAACUUUGGCGAGACGUGCUCUCUUGAUCAUCUCGUUGAGUCGACGGACUGCGUUUGUGCGAGGGAGUGACUGCAUGUCGGCAAAGAGAUCUUCUUGCUCUGCCUCGAAGAGCUUCCGAUUGCUGUCGUUCUGAAAGGGUUUGUCCCAGAAGGAGCUGAUGUAUACCCGAGUGACCUCCGGCGUACCCAGCACCUUUCCGAGGGACCACAUUAGAGCACCGUACACCCGCAUGAGCUGCUGAAUGGUGGUCGUGUCUGCUUUGUUGAGGACGAUUCUAAUCUUUUGCUGGUUCUUCUUCAUGACGUCGAUGACGCGACGGAACUCGUCCGAAAUGUCGAGUUUGUUUGCGUCGAAGAGGAGGAUGAUCAUGUCCGCUCGGUCGGCGAACCAGGAGAUGACACCCUCGAAGUCGUAGCCUCGGUGCAGUCGCUGUUUCUCACCCGAGAGUAUGCCCGGAGUGUCGAUGAGUGUCAAGCUCUCCAAGACUGGGUUAGGGAGGUAGGAAGCCUCCAGCCUGCUGAGAAAAGCAUUCCCAAAGUGCUGGAGGGCCUUGAAUUGCAGCUUGGGGUCGACGGCUAGGGCGUUGCCCGGCGUUGUCUGCUCGUGCGGGCCGUGCAUUAUCGCCAUGAAGCGGUCGGUGGUCGGCUCGGGACCGAUUCGCAUGCCCGGAAAGUCUUUUUCCAGGAGAUAGCGGAUGAAUGUGGUUUUUCCCGUGGAGUACUGCCCUAUGAGAAGGACCAUGGGCUUGGCCUCGAAGUCUCCGUCCGUCAUGUACGGCGAAUGGAACUCGCCGUAUUUGUAGGUCUCUUCCAGCGGGCGAAGCUUCUUUUUGUAAAUCUUCUUGAGCCCGUCUAUGACGUUCUGAUAGACCUCCACUUGUCGGGUCUUCUCGUUCCCCCGCAGCCACGAGAACAUGGCGGCCUUUCCAACUUACAGGCACUGCAGUAUAGAAGAAAGUCUUGGCCCGCGGCCGAGAACGAACUGCGGCAGGUGGGCGUGAUCCGAGCGAGUGCAAAAGCGAGCUAGCUGUGUCUUCUUCGCGAGGACCGACUAUGACAAAACGUAGCGUGCGGGAAAAAACCGUAGAGCUUUUGGAACUGAAAUGACAACUUGUGCUUCUCACAUGACCCUUUG